AAGUCGUGCCUCUGUGUAACAUUCAGGAGUUGUAAUAGUGUCUGGUGAAGUACUACUCUUUAAACUACAAUCAUCGUUAAACGAGAAGCGAAAAAUCCACGUUUGGCUUUCUUGCGCGUAUUUACGCAUCUUUGAAUUAUCUCUUACUAACCGAACUUGGUAGGCUAAGCUUCUUGUGGAGAAAAUCAGCUAUGGAUUUGGUGUGUUUAGUGUUUCUGACGCUGAGCAUCGGGGCUUGGUUCGCCUCUGCGGAGAGACACAGCGUCUACUGGAACAGCUCGAACACAAACUUCCUGUGGGACGAGUACACAGUGGAAGUACGUAUCAAUGACUAUCUGGACAUCAUCUGCCCCCACUACACUCAUGGCGAGGUGCCAUCGCAUGCAGCUGAGCGCUAUGUCCUGUACAUGGUGGAGAGGGAGGACUACGAGGUGUGCAAACCUCACUCCUUUGAUCAGCUCCGCUGGGAGUGCUCACGACCUUUUGCUCCCCACGCUCCUGAGAAAUUCUCUGAGAAAUUCCAGCGUUUUACUCCCUUCACCCUGGGAAAGGAGUUCAGACAAGGAGAGAGUUAUUAUUAUAUCUCCAAGCCAAUGCAUCACCAUGGCCAGGACUGUCUGAGGCUGAGAGUGGAUGUUGUCGGGCAUAAAGGCUCUGGAAAGAACCAUCUAGACAAAUCCAAGGCAGAUAAUACAAGAAAAAGCAUAGAUGGAGGAAAAGGGAUGUUUCCUGUCACUGGGGGAGCUCACAACCCUUCUAACCGUCUCCCAGCAGAUGACCCUGCUGUGAUGGAGCCAAAUGUUCAGAGGAGCAUUGGAAGUUCAGGAGCACAGUUGGUCUCCUUUCCAGUCUUCUUUACCCUGAUCCCAGUCUUAUUAACUCUGAUCCUGCACUGAGGCUGACCGCCAUAACAGAGACAAUGCUAAACCAAUGCUGGUCAUUGGGACCAUGAACACUCAAGAGAUUUUUUUUAUACAGAUUGUUUUAUAUGAGCAUGGACAGUCCUGUCAGUGUGUUUUUUUGCGUGUUUGUGUGAAUGUGGAACGUGGAUCGUUCCAAAGAAGAGGACCUCAAAGAUCUUUUUUUUCAAUUACUUUAUAAUGAGGAUGGAAAUUCUCAUUUUUGACCAUUUAACAUGUACACCUUUUCAGUGCUAAUGAACAAACUGCAAGCUGUCUGAUCAAAACAAUUAAUGGAUUCAUAUCAACCUGAAACUGACAAAGGGAUUAUGUUGUGUUAUCAAGUUUCCAUACUGUUGGUACAGAUUGGCAUUUUACUCCUCACCUUCAGCUGUUCGUCUCAUUUUUCUUCCUCUACAUGUAGAGAAAGUGUUAACGCUAUGUUUUGAAAUGUUGGCGGCUACUGCCAAAGUAUAGAUAAUGUAGGAUUUUUGUCAUGUUGUUGUGUAGCACUCAGCUCCCUUUUUUAUCUCUUCAAGUCCGUCAAUGCACCACACGUCACAUUCACACUGAUACAAAAGCUGACACUUUGAUUCAGGUGUUGCUAUUUCAGUGAACCGCGACUGGAAGUGUAUGAUAUCACACAAGAAAACAGUCUGUCUUAUUCAGGCCAGUGGUUCUCAACCUUUUUUGUUCCUUUUUUGGGGGCUCGUGAGCCAUUAAAUUGAUGCCUUGUGCAACUCCUGCAGAUUAAACAGGAAAGAAAUCUUUCUUUUUUUCUAAAGAUUUUUUCAAGAUUUCAUAUACAUUUACAAAACAUAAUGUAUUCUAGAAAAAAUGCACCAGAAUUCAGAUGAAUCGUAAAAAUAAGUCUGUUUGUUUUUUUUCGUUCAAUAAACCCUUGUUACUCUAUUAAAUAUAGCUGAGGGGUUGUGGUCGAAGGUUGGGAGCCACUGAUCAACUCAACAGACAGACUAACACCACAGGGGUUUUAGGGAGCUGAGCUUCUUCAGUACUUACGCCUGCUUACUCAUAUUCACUGCCUUGACAGUAUCACGGUACACUGGCUGAUGUGCAAACAUGAUUCCACUUGCACAUUAUCAAACUGAAGGGACUUCCCAGGAAACAUUUACAGUUGUUUGUUUUGUUGUGAAACUUCCUUGUGUCAUUUUGUAAAUGUUUAAAUGUACAUUUGUAUAUAGAGAAAACUAUAAGAAACUGUUCAAAGAUGUGAAAAAUCUUUAGUGAAAUAAAAACAAUAUUGUGAUGUAAUAAAAUGUUUUGCCUGGUUUUUCU